UCUCUGGAUAUCGUGGUUGUAGGCUGUGGCAUAGGAGGUUUAGCAGCUGCAUUUUGCCUUGCAAUGGCAGGCCAUAAAGUCACUAUCUUGGAAAGCACUGCGACGGUUGGCGAAUUUGGCGCCGGCCUUGUCAUUAGUCCCAACGUAACUCGCCAGUUAAUUCGUUGGGGCCUCGAAAAGCGACUGCAAGAAGUCGCUGUUAGCCCGAGUGCACUGAACAUCCGGCAUUGGUGCACCGGAGAGACGGUAUCAUGGAAACAAUGUGGCGACUCGAUGGUGAAGAACUACGGGGCGCCGCUCUUCAACAUACACAGAGCUGAUCUGCAUCGCAUGUUGUAUGAUCUCGCAGAGCCACGUGUCACCAUCCGAACGAAUUGCCGGGUUGUUGCCAUGGACCCAUCCGUACCCAGUUUGACGCUAAAAUCUGGUGAAGUUGUCCGUGCCGACUUGGUAGUCGGUGCAGACGGUUUGUGGAGCGUAACUCGUCAGUAUGUCAUUGGAAGGCCGGACGAACGAACCCCGUCGGGUGACGCAACCUACCGCGCCGUGUUACCUACCGAAUUGCUCCUUGCAGACCCAGAGUUAAGGGUCCUUGCUGAGACACCGGAGAUGGUUGUAUGGUUUGGCCCACAGCGACGCAUCGUAGCAUACAACAUUCGAGGCAUGAAGGAGUACAACAUGGUCAUGUGCCAUCCCGACCAAGACCCUGAAGGGCCCUGGAAAAUAGAGGAGAGUUCCGAUAGGGUGAAGGAGGAGUUUGUAGGCUGGGAACCACGCAUCCAGAAACUCCUUUCGCUCAUCCCUUCAGCGAUCAAAUGGAGAUUGAUGGACCACGCACCUUUAGAAACUUGGGUACACAAGGGCGGCAAACUUACCCUUCUUGGCGACGCUUGCCAUCCCGUGCUUCCUUACGGUGCACAAGGGGCGGCUAUGGCUAUCGAAGAUGCCGCGGUCCUUGGGAACCUGUUCUCCCGCUUGUUUUCCCGUGCUCAGAUUGCCCCUCUCCUUCACGCUUACGAAGCAAUCCGUUAUGACCGGGCGACUAACACGCAAGCGUUCUCCCGCCUUCGUAGGACCCCCUUCCAUCUUUCUGAUGACCGGGAACAAGAACAACAUGAUGAGCAGGUGCACGCUGCCAUGGAAGACUCGCUAAGAGCAGCUCGUGGCGGAGCACCUGUUGGUACUGACACGAACGUUAUCGGCAAUGCGAACCAGCCGGAUAGAGAGAGGGAAGCAAUCCAGUUUAGGUAUGAUGCCGACAAAGAAGCUGAGAGGUGGUGGCGGGAACACGGCGAGAGCGAGGUUGGUUUAUUGGGAAUGCCAUCGACAUCAUGAUGUAGUGUUUGUUGCGUCAGGUAUUUUUAUCGAUGUAAUUCUU